GCCCGGCCCGGCCCCCCCUGGGGCUCCUGCCGGGUGAGGUGGGGAAGGGGCGGGCGAUCCGGUGCCGUCGCCGCUUCGUAACACCUUUCCGGCGGUGCCCUCCCCGGUUGGCCCCGGCGGCGGGGGCGGGGAGUCUUGGCCAGAAGUGGAAAAGCUCGCCGCCGGGCACCGAACCGCCAGCUUCCCUCCUUCCCCGUGGCGCGGCGGAGCCGGCUGCCCUCAGCCCCCUCCCCGGAGCCCGAAUUCCUGUCAAUAUUGCUGGUGUUGUGCAUUCUGGAGAUAUAUUUCUACUACAGAUACUACCAAGCCUUUGCGAAUGGGAUGAACACUCUGCUGUUGAUUGCCUACUAACAGUAACAAGCUGGCACUUCACUGCUGAUGUUCUCAUUCUUACAUUUUCCUGUUGGAGUUUGCUUACACUGAUUUUCAAAAAGAGGAAGAAAUCAAAGUGGAGUACCGCAAACUUGACAUGGAUAGUAAAAAGAAAGACAAGGACAAGCUAGAUGAAAGAAUGUCACGGCCUAGUGGGAGGUCAGGCCAUAAUUCACGUGGAACUGGUUCUUCAAAUUCUGGAGUGUUAAUGGUUGGACCUAACUUCCGAGUUGGCAAAAAAAUCGGAUGUGGUAACUUUGGAGAACUACGGUUAGGAAAAAAUUUAUACACAAAUGAAUAUAUGGCAAUUAAGCUGGAGCCAAUGAAGUCGAGAGCACCACAGCUACAUUUGGAAUACAGAUUCUACAAGCAGCUAGGAUCUGGAGAUGGAAUACCUCAGGUUUACUAUUUUGGCCCAUGUGGCAAAUAUAAUGCUAUGGUGCUAGAACUACUUGGACCUAGUCUGGAAGAUUUAUUUGACUUGUGUGGUAGGACAUUUUCUCUUAAAACAGUUCUUAUGAUAGCCAUACAGUUGAUUUCUCGUAUGGAAUAUGUCCAUUCAAAGAACUUGAUAUACAGAGAUGUAAAGCCUGAGAACUUCUUAAUAGGACGACCUGGAAACAAAACACAGCAAAUUAUUCAUAUUAUAGAUUUUGGUUUGGCAAAGGAAUAUAUAGAUCCAGAAAGUAAGAAGCACAUACCAUAUCGGGAACACAAGAGCCUUACAGGAACAGCUAGAUACAUGAGUAUACAUACACAUUUAGGAAAAGAGCAAAGUAGAAGAGAUGAUUUGGAAGCUUUAGGUCAUAUGUUUAUGUAUUUUCUCAGAGGAAGCCUUCCAUGGCAAGGUUUAAAGGCUGAUACAUUAAAGGAACGUUACCAGAAAAUUGGAGACACAAAACGAGCAACCCCUAUAGAAGUAUUGUGUGAAAACUUCCCAGAGGAAAUGGCUACGUAUCUACGUUAUGUAAGAAGGCUAGAUUUCUUUGAAAAACCAGACUAUGACUACUUAAGAAAGCUCUUCACAGACUUACUUGAUCGGAAAGGCUAUAUGUUUGAUUAUGAAUACGAUUGGAUUGGCAAACCCUUGCCUACUCCAGUGGGUUCAAUACAUUCAGACCCUGCACCAUCUUCAAACAGAGAAGCAUAUCAGCACAGAGAUAAAACACAACAGUCCAAAAAUCAGUCAACAGACCAUAGGGCAGCUUGGGACUCACAGCAAGGCAAUCCACACCAUUUGAAGGCUCAUCUAGCAACUGACAGACAUGGUGGCUCGGUACAGGUAGUAAGCUCAACAAAUGGAGAACUGAACACAGAUGACCCAACUGCAGGCCGUUCAAAUGCACCUAUCACAGCUCCUGCAGAAGUAGAAGUAAUGGAUGAAACUAACUGCCAGAAAGUGUUGAACAUGUGGUGCUGCUGUCUUUUCAAGCGGAAGACAAGGAAAACCAUUCAGCGCAACAAAUGACUAGAACCAAGCAGAAGACAGGAAGUUGCUUAUUUGUUCAACUUCUGUCUUGUGAACUUUAAAAAAAACCCAGCACCUCUGUAAUGACCACGCAUUUCCCAAGGAUUCGCUUCAAAAUAAUGUCAUGCCCGUGUGCUUUCAUUUGGUUCUCCUGCAACCAUCUUUUAUUUCUUUAAUUCAUCUAUUCUGAAAGCUUUAAGGUUUUGUUGAAUGAGUGCUUUUUGAGCAUCAAAUAAUGGACCAAUGAAAUGGUACAAAUGAACAGUAUCCUCAGCAAAACUAAACUUGAAAAGUAUUUCUUCUGUCCUAGGAAGUACUACCAGUGUCUUAGCUGAAGACAGCUGCCAUAAACCUGGUUAUUUGAGUCCGUAGCAGUGUAUCAAAAGCAGUUUUCUUCAAAAAUGCAGAAGAGAAAGAUGCACAACUGUAUAGAAAAAUAAUAAAAUUUCUUUUCUGAGACCUGCACUGAUUUUUUUCUUUCCUCCCAGUAUUACUGGUGAUAGUGUAGUCAAAUUGUAUCAGCAUUAAACCUUGUAUGUGAUUCUGUUGUACAGUCACUGUCUAGAGAUGCAGAGGAAGCGGAUUUUACUGUUGACAGUUGUCUAAAUGCUGGCGAUAAUAAUGAACAGAAAGUUUAUCCAGUAGCCUGUGGGUUUGAAAAUCGACUUUUGUUAUAUCUACAAUGGAAUUGCAGUACAGUAGAAAUUACAAGCGUGUUUGUACAACAAAUACAGAAGUUUGCAAAAUUUGUGUUUCCAGUAAUGUUAGUAAGAUUGAAAUAUCUUCAAAAGUGGAUCUAUAGAGGAAUUAUAAAAGAAGAAAUGAAUGUGAAUCUGGUUAAAGUGGAAUAAGUAUUAAACGUAUGUGUUCACUGAGGUAACUGAUGAUUAACAUCUUGAACUUGGUAAUAUGGGUAUGCCAUGUGAUGUUAGAGAUUGGUUUGUAAAUUAUUUUACUCUUUAAUUUAGAAAACAAAUGCAAUGGAAGCAAGUUAGACUUCUCCCUUAUGUGGGUGCUAGCCCAUAGUACCCAAAAUUUCCCAAGUUUUUUUUUUCCUGGAAAUUCUUGUCUUUCAAUGCAAUGAGAAGAGUAGGAUGGCAAGGAUGUGUCAGGUACUUCCCCACAAUCCAAUGAAGUGCCUGCAGUGUGAACAAACCAACAGUUCUGCAGAUAAGGCAGCCCACUUUAUAUUUUUGUCUUCAGAAAAUAUGUACUUAUGUUAAAGCCAUUGUGACACAGAUGCUCUUUUGUCAUGUUUAGCUGCCAGUUAUUGAAGAAGGGGUGUGAAAGAUGGAAGUGACUAGACAGAUCUCAUGACCAAAACUCAGAUUAUCUCAACUUUUUUAUAAUUCUUCUAGAGCUAAUUCAUAUUUUUUUCUAUCCAUACAUGCCUUUUGGCAUACAUAUUUAUUUUUUGAUCUGUUUUGUCAUAGCAUUUAAAGUGUAUUUUAAGAUAAAUGCACACCUUUGAAUUAAUUAUUGAAUUUACAAGGAUUUUAAUUGUAUUUUGUAAUUUAUUUUUCCUUAACAGCCAAAAGUGUAUUUCAUUGUUUGGAUUAUGUGCUCAUAUGUAUACUUUGAUCUUUGUCAUUAUUACUGUUAAUGAUCUUAAGUUUUUGUUUCAAAAAACCUAAACUUGGCCUACAAAAACAUGCUGUAUAACAGGUCAUAGGUUUUCACUCCACCUGUUUGUGGUUUUGAUUUCAGACUUAUUACUACUUUGUUUCUCUUUGAGCUGAAAAGGUUACUUGACCAUUCUCAUGUGAAAACACAUCCCUCUUUGUAGUACUUGACCAAAUUUGUUGCUUUGUAAGAUUUGUAAGUCCAUGUGGUAUAUGUAUUUCUGACACACCUGAUUAGUUUGAUUCUCAAAGGCUCUUGACCUGUACAGUGUUUGUAUGAUCUGAGCUCCAUACACAUAACAAGAAAGUGUGUAUAUUAUGGACUUGAAAUAUUUGGAUAUAUAAGCUGUCUAUUUGCUGAAAUGACCAGUAUCUAGGCACUUGCUUUUCAGCAAUACUUUUUUAAGUGCUUGAUUUUAAUGAUGAAAAGGGGUUUCUUCCAGCAAAGUCGUCAGUACUAAUGCUGGUAUGUUCAGGUUAUGCCAAUAUGAUUUGCAUUUAUAACCAUUUUUUUUUUCCUGCUAAACUAAUGAAGUCACUAUUGGGUGGAUGUCUAAAAAUGAAAUACAUCCCUGUUUAAAUGUAAGACAAAAAAUAAAGAUAGUUUUCUAAA